AUGGUCAUCCUCCAUUUGGUUGACCGACCCCUCCGGCUAGAACUUGGUGACGUGCACGCGACACAGCUCGAGGAUGGUUCGGACGAAUGCGCUGGGGUGAAGCGUGACGAGCCGCUCGGGGAGAAUUUGCGAGGUACUUGUCUUGAGUGA